CAUUAAAAGUCUCAAGGCUUUCGCACAGGAAGGCGGGCCAGACACGCGCAUGGCCACGACUAAACUUUAGAACCCGUAGUCAGCUCCGUACGUAUCUACGUUGAUUCGUGGAGUUUAGUACGAGCCUGACGCUCGCUGGUUCGGCUGGUUCGCCUUCUUUUUGUGCGUGUCCGCAACGUGAGGUAAAGUGAACAUUCCGUCGGGUGCCUGAAUAAUCAUACAUACGUACGUACCUCCUGCAACGACGUUUGGCGACGAAGACAGCUCAGACUCGUGGAUAAAAAUAAAAAAAAAUAAAAAUAGAGAAGAAUAUAAAAAUAAAAACUGUAUAUAUAUAUAUAUACAUAUAUUAAUUAAUAUGCGUUUGUAAAAUUAUUCGACAACUCUUCGUCUGUGGCUGGUACACACAAGUUCGUACAAAAGUAGCUCGUCGCGUAUUUAUUUCUUACGACGAAUCGUCAUGCGGAAAUCGAUGACGGAGGAAAGGUGGUACAAACGAGAAGAAUAUUAGUUUGCGACGAAAAAAAAAAAAAGAAAAGAAACUCCAGUUACCUAGAGGAAGUAAUUUACGAAAUAUAUUUUGAUAAAGAAGUGAAUUCUACUAGACGGUGAUACGAGGGAACGAUUCGUUCUUGGAGUCGAAUCUUAUUUCAAGUUUUCUUGAAACGAAAAUAACAGAGAGAGAGAGAGAGAGAGAGAGAAAAGAAAAAGUCGAAAAAAUGUCCAAGCCCGCAAUUGAGAUGCAUUACACACCGCCGACUUCGGACACUAUUCAGACAAAGCCCUUUCCUAUCAGAGGGGAACGUUCAAAUUACGUGAACAAGCCACACGUAAUAGCCAUGGUUGGGCUGCCGGCACGGGGUAAAACUUAUAUAUCGAAAAAGCUGUGCCGAUACUUGAAUUGGAUCGGUAUAAAUACGAAAGUAUUUAAUUUGGGGGAAUACCGGAGGCAUGCGACAACGGCAUAUCAAUGUCACGAGUUUUUCAGACCUGACAAUAUCAAAGCGAUGGCGAUAAGAACGCAAUGUGCCAUUGACGCAUUGAACGACGUUUGCCAAUGGUUGGAAAACGGCGACGGCGAAGUCGCGGUUUUCGACGCAACGAAUUCGACCAUCGAGAGGAGAAGGAUGAUACACGACAUUGUCGUUAGAAAAAUGGGUUUCAAAUUGUUUUUCGUCGAGUCUGUUUGCAACGAUCCCGAAAUCGUUGAACAAAAUAUAAUGGAGGUAAAAGUAAGCAGUCCUGAUUACACCGACAUGAACAAGGAAGCCGUAUUAGCUGACUUUAUGAUGCGGAUAGAACAUUAUCAAGAGAAGUAUAACCCGUUGGAUGAGAGCUGCGAAGUCGACCUGUCGUUUAUGAAAAUUUACAACACGGGAGAAAAAGUUCUGGUCCACAAACACGAGGGACAUAUUCAGAGCAGAAUAGUUUAUUACUUAAUGAAUAUACAUAUUGUGCCUCGAACUAUAUACUUGACCAGACACGGUGAAAGUAUUAUGAAUCUUGAAGGAAGAAUAGGUGGUAAUUCUGCUCUCAGCUCUAGAGGACACGAAUACAGCAACGCGCUAGCUCAAUUCAUCGCGCAGCAGGAUAUACAGGGUUUGAGGGUUUGGACCAGCUGGCUUCAGAGGACUAUACAAACCGCGACUGGAGUCCAAGCUCCACAAGAACGGUGGAAAGCUUUGAAUGAAAUCGAUGCGGGAAUUUGUGAGGAAAUGACCUAUGAAGAAAUAGCUGAGAAAUAUCCAACUGAUUUUGCGGCAAGGGACCAAAAUAAAUUUUCAUACAGGUACCCCAGAGGUGAAAGUUACGAGGAUUUAGUUGCUCGACUAGAGCCAGUCAUUAUGGAAUUGGAACGUCAGGGUAAUGUUCUCGUUGUGACUCAUCAGGCUGUACUACGAUGUUUGCUUGCCUAUUUUCUGGAUAAAAGUUCAGACGAGUUACCAUACUUGAGUGUUCCACUACACACUAUUAUGAAGCUAACACCUGUGGCUUACGGAUGCAAAGUUGAGCACAUCAGGUUGCCGAUAGAUGCAGUGGAUACUCAUCGGCCAAAACCAAAGGUACAUGGAUACUUGGAGGAACGCUUUAGAAACAGAGCACAGAAACUGCUGACGUGAUCUAAUGACGCUGUUUUGAGGAAAAUAAAAAAAUCCUUCCACGCUAAUUCGUGACAAGAACAAAGCAUUGUUGGCAGCUGGCUGUCAAAUUGAGUACGCUGUGAUGCCGGAAUAAUUAAACUCGUUAUUAUGGGGUAAAAAAAGAAAUAGUAAAAUUUCAUUGUUAUCUCUAGCUUCCUAUACUACUAAACUACCUGUCGAGCAAAGGCACGUAUGUAAACUGAAGAAA